AUGUAAAAUAAUAAAACUCAAUAUGGUGAAGCAUCUUCAUCAAAAUUCCAGUAAAAAUCUUUGAUUCCAAAUAAAUCAACUAGUGUACCAAAAAAAUAUGAUAAACUUAUUCAUAAAACUACUUAAAUUCCAAGAAUAUCAAUAGAGCGUUUGAUUGAAAAAAUGGAUUAAGAUAAUGAUGGAUGGAUUAAAAAAGAAGACAUAUUAAUCUUUAGUUAAAAGCAUUAUUUAUAUUUUGAAGAAGAAGUAUUAUCCUUUUUAUUUUAAGUUAGCCUAAGCAAUGAUAGAUGAAGCAAUUAGUAAAAGAAUCGUAGCAUUCAAAGAUUAAUUAAAAGAACCAAUUAAUAUUGAUGAAAUAUUAGGAGCUGGUAUUUUUAUUUGAAUAUCAAAUAGUAUAACUACAUUAUGUAUUAAAUUAAGAUCAUAUUUGGGUUGAAAAAGCAAGACCAUUUAGAGAUCAUUGGAUUUAAUUGUUAAUAGCAGCAGGUGAAAAAUUACCAACAAAUCAUGAUUUACCACCUGUUAAAAUAAGCAAAGUCCAUGAUAUGCAUGAAAUGGAACCAUUUCCUUUUAAACCCUAAUUAAACUCUUCUUAGUCUUAAAUUAUUCAUACUUAAGAGUUAUAAGAACCUCGAUAAUUUCCAGAACAAUAACCAGAAGCAGGAAUUCUCUUGUAAGAAACUAUUAUGAUUAAACCAAUAAAUAAUGGAAUCAUUAAUGAAUAAGAAAUUGAUAAUCCAUUUGAAAAAGUAGUUAAUUCAAAAUUGUAAUUUUAAUUUAUUAUCAUAAAUAGGACUAGUAAUAAUUAAUAAUAAGAAUAUCCUACUCUGAAAUUCGAUACUUAAGCUUAUUAUAAUGAAGCAGAACGUUUAAGUAAAGAACCAAAAUUAUGUAAAUCCAGUAGAAAUCCUAUAUAUAAAUUUAUGCCUGAAAACUUAAAUUAUAAAGUAGAUAAGACUAAUUCUUAAACACAAUGCUAGGAUAAAAAUUAAACAUAACAAUUUGGUAAAACUGCUACUAAAUAUCUUUCUUAACCUGUGUUAUAAAAAAAACCUUAUCAUGGAUUAUCAGAAACAGGGUUUUAGACAAAUGAUUCAAAGUAUUUUUAACCAAAACAAACGAAAAAAUAAAUCAAUUCAGAUCAAGAAACAGAUAAACCUAUAUUUUUUGCUACUUUUAAACCUGAGGAUGUUUAAACAUUAAAAAAUAAAUUGGCUAAUUAAAAGUAGAGAGAAAAAGAAAAAUUGUAAGAUUUUUACAAUCCUCCCUCAACCCAUAAAUUUAGAGAUGAAGUAUUGGAUAAGAAAAAGCCAUUUUUUAAAGUAAUUUAAUUAAUAAUCACAGACAAGAAUUAAACCUGAUCCAUUAACAAAUCCUCAUAUGAUGUCUGAACAUGAUUAAAGACCACAAUUUGCUAUUGAAGAAGAUGAAAAAAAGUAAAUGAAAGAGGAACAAAAAUAAUAAGAUUAUAUUGAUGAUUGUAUGGGCACACAUAAAUAAACAAAAUUAUGGGUUAAAUAUUUUCCAGCUCCAGAUUUGAAUCAUAAUUUUGUAGAUCACAAAAGACCUAACUUUUUAGAUAAAGGGAAUUAUCAAGAACCAGGUUUAAUUCUGUUUUAAAUUUUAAGAGAAGGGGCAAGUGCUAAAGUAUUUUUUAUUUAUUUAAAAGGAUGAU